CUUUUUUAGCGUAACACUCCGAUGAUAUAAAUAUAUAAAGCUUGGACUGCAGCGGCAUAACGUUUCUACUUUUUUCGCUACUUUUUCACACUUCAAGUUAUCUUAUAACAACAACUAUCAUCAUGUCUGGAGGAAAAUCUGGAGGUAAAUCUGCUGCUGGUGCCAAGUCCCAAACCCGUUCUGCCAAGGCCGGUCUUCAAUUCCCUGUUGGUCGUAUCCAUCGUUUGUUGCGUCGUGGCAACUAUGCUCAACGUGUGGGUGCUGGUGCUCCCGUCUACUUGGCUGCUGUCCUCGAAUACUUGGCUGCUGAAAUCCUUGAAUUGGCCGGUAACGCUGCUCGCGAUAACAAGAAGUCUCGUAUCAUUCCCCGUCACUUGCAAUUGGCCAUCCGUAACGACGAAGAAUUGAACAAGUUGUUGGGUCAUGUCACCAUUGCUCAGGGUGGUGUCCUCCCCAACAUUCACGCCACUCUUUUGCCCACCAAGACCAAGAAGGGCGGUGCUUCCCAGGAACUCUAAAUCUCUUAUACCGUUUCUAUUUCAAAAACUUGCCUUUUUUCUCGUUUCAAAAUUCGUCAUCAUAUCAUCUUGCUUCCCUCCACUUCCAUUCUGCAGAACUUUCUAACUGCUUGUGUAUAUUCUUACCCUUAUAAAAUGUUUGCUUCAGAGUCACCAUAAUUGGGUUCUAUUUUCAAUGUCGUAUUUCUUUUUUGGUCUCAUUGCUCCUGAUUGGUUAAUUUUAAAAUCAACAGAAAAAAAAAAUGAAUGGAUAAAAACGUAACUGGUUACCUGGUUUGUGACAAGAUCGGUCCG